GUCUACAAAUUACACGGGUUUAGAUACAUGGGAAAACAAAAUGCCGAUGUGCGUUUACUGGUUGAAUCGUUGCAUUUACUUUGCUUUAUUUACGUGGAAAAAUCAGAAAUUUUGUCAUAUAGGAAUAUUAAAUUUGAUAUUGAUGUGAUUUAAUACAUUUAAAUAUUUCACGCAACUACGUCAUAGUUUACAACUGCAAUCUAUGUACGUGUCAUAUAACUGAUAAAGAUCAGUGUUUUGUCUGUUAAAGUGUUAUUUUUUUUCUUUUUCAUGAGUAUUGUUAUCGAAGAGAAUAAAGGAAUAUGUAUUAUCAAGAAAUUGCACAAUUACAAGACACUUGAUCGACUGAUUCAUCUUGGAUACUUCUCAAUUAGAUUUUUGAAGAAAAUUCCAUACGCAAAUUACAAUUAGUCAUAAAAAGAAGAUGUCAGGGGGAGACAGAAAAAAACGUGCUUGUGACAGAGGACAGGGUUGGGAAGAGGCUGGAGCUGAAUUUUAUCAGGAAAGCUAUCCUGCAGCAAUUGAAGCAGAUUUACAACAAGCAUUACAAAGAGAUCCUUCUCAUAUAGCUACUUUACUGCCAAGUAAAAAAUCACGUGUUGCAACUGCCAAACGAAUACGUAAUGAUACUAAAACAACACUGAGGAGACGUACUAGUACAAGAUCUCGUGGUACAACUACAUCUAGACGUAUGUCAACGAAUAUUCAUGAUGCAGCAGUAUCAAUGUUACCAGACUUAUCUGAAAAUUUAUCCAAUGAGGAACGUACUUGGGAAGAAAUAAUGCAAAUCAAAGCCAUGCCUGUGUGCAUGGCACAAAAGAUACAACUAAAAAAUCAGUUACAAAGCGCUACAAAAUUAAGAUUGCAAGGUUUUGAGCAAUUGAAAUGGCAACGAAGGAAAGCUUGGCAACAAUUUCGGAUCAGAAUGAAGGAAGCAUAUUCAAAAAUGGAGUUAUGGAAUGAUAGCCUUAAAACAAUUGGUGGGAACUUUGGAAUGGGAAUUGUUGCAUACUUUUUAUUCAUCAAAUGGUUACUGUAUCUUAAUGUUCUUUUGUUUGCAAUUAUAUUUUUAUUUAUUGUGUUACCUGCAACAUUAUUGGAUAUGCCAGAAGAUGAAACAUGCGUAAAUUCUAAUAACAGUCAUAGUAUAUCUUGCUGUUCAGAAUUAUAUUGGAAUAUAACUCAAGAAAGUGGUAACAUAGCUGGUAUAUUAGAAUACACUUUAUUAUUUUAUGGUGCAUAUAGCCAUAUGACUUAUACUUCUGGUAUAUUUUUUAAUUUGCCAUUAUCCUAUAUUUCUGCAACUGUUGGUGUAUUUAUUUUUAGUUUAAUAGUCAUUGUUAAGUCAGCUGCUAAAAGUUUUAAACAACGGGUAGUCGAAAAUGAAGGUCAAUUUUAUCAGUAUUGUAAUUUAGUUUUUGGAGGUUGGGAUUAUUGUAUACAUAAUGAAAAGUCUGCAGCUAUAAAACACAAAGCAUUAUAUAAUGAAGUGAAAGCAUUUUUAGAAGCCGAAAGACUAGAAGAAGAAAGACAAAAUCGAACGAGAGAAGAAACAACAAAAUUGUUUCUCAUGCGUUUGUUUAUUAAUUUAAUAGUUUUAACAGUAUUAUGUGGUUGUGGUAUAUUUAUUUAUUAUAUAUUUGAGUUUUCUUUCAAUCAAAUUUCACCACAAAUUGAUGAAACAAACAUCACAGAUUCACAUUUAUCCUUAAAUUUAUCUUUAAAUAGAAUCGUUCACUUAUUUUUCGAGUUUCUUCCAUACAUGUGUAUUGUCAUUUUAAAUUUUGCCGUACCAUCUCUAUUUCGAUAUCUGGUCUCUUUAGAAAAUUAUAGUCCUUCAUUUGUUAUUCGUAUAACUCUUUUCCGAACUGUAUUUUUGCGACUUUCUUCUCUCAUUGUUGUACUUACAUCAUUUUAUAGACUAAUUGUAACAGAGGUAAAGGAUAAUGAAUGCACUAACAAUACUAGUAAACGACCAUUAUGCUGGGAAACAUUCGUAGGUCAGCAGUUCUUCAAACUCUAUAUGACUGAUCUUUUUUUUCAAUUUUUUAUGACAUUUUUUAUCAAUUUUCCCAGAUCAAUGAUAGCAAAACAUACAGAAAACAAAGUAUUACGUUUUUUCGGUGAACAAGAAUUUGAUUUACCUAAGCAUGUCUUAGAUGUUGUUUAUUUACAAACUAUUUGUUGGCUUGGUUUAUUUUAUGCACCUUUAUUACCACUGAUUGCAAUAUUUGGUACAUUCGUAUUGUUUUAUAUUAAAAAAUUUGCUUGUUUAGUAAAUAGUACUCCAUCAAGUAAAAUUUACAGGGCAAGUAAAUCGAAUGCAUUUUUUAUGUUGAUUCUAUUGAUCUCUUUUAUUUUAUUUACUGUCCCAGUUGGUUACUCUAUUGCAGAAAUAGAACCGUCAAAAUCUUGUGGACCAUUUAGAGGUUUUAAGUCUGUAUGGUCAUUAUUAAUUGUGGUUUUCGCAGAAUUUCCUGACUGGCUUCAAUCUAUUUUAUAUUUUCUUGGUACUGCUGGAUUUGGUAUACCAGCUUUUGUUAUUCUUACUUUACUUUUAUAUUACUAUUAUGCUGUAUCAAUAGCAAACAAACACAUGGUUACAGUUUUAAAGAAUCAGUUAGUGCUAGAAGGUCAUGAUAAACAAUUCUUACUUAACAGAUUGAGUGCAUUUAUUAAACAACAACAAGAUCAGAACAAGUAUCAUCAGGAGCAAGCAAAUGAGUUGGGUACAUUCUCAUAAUCAGUAUUAUGAAAGUCUAAAUAAUUUUUACAUAAUAAUCUCUAAGACGCACAGAUUUAGUAAACGUUUCAUACAAUCGUAUGUAAACAGUAUAAGUAUUAUCAAAAUUCGAUUAAUUUAUGAUUAACUUUUUUAAUAACAAUAUAAGACUGUUAAAUCUAUUUUUUUUAAAUAUAUAUUGAACUAUAUAAUGGUAUUAAAAAUACUUGA